UGUCAGCCAGUUAGGUUAUUUUAUUUUUCUAUUAUAAACAAUUCACGCUGAAUUCUUAUUCAAUCAUUACAUUUAUAUAUUACGAGUACAAUAAAAUAUAUCUUAAAUCAUGAAAAAAGAAGAAGUUCAAGAAAUUUUCCUUAAAAUUCUGAGAGAAGAAGAGGAUGUUUCUGCGGGUGUGGCAGCAAUAAGAACACUUCUCACAGUAAUAGAGAACUAUAAAGUGGCAACUGUAAGAGAGUUAGAUCUGAACCUGCAGCUGGCAGUUGAUGCAAUGAGGCACUGUGACCAGCCCGUGGCAGCCAUUUCCUCUGGCUGUGAGCUUUUCAUGAGAUUCAUCACAUUCGCCAAACUUGAUGUAAAGUCAUUUGAAGAAUGUGAGCAAAUCAUGUUGCAAAGAGGACACAUAUUUUUGAGAACAUUACUUGAAGCAAGAGGAAAAGUGGCCAAACAAGCUUUACCUUUUAUUAGUGAUGGCUGUAAAAUUCUAACACAUUCCAGAUCAAGAGUAGUGCUACAAGCCAUGUUGGAGGCUGCUAAAGCUAAUAAAAGAUUUCAUGUUUAUGUCACAAUGUCCGGCCCUGAUAAUAGCGGAGUGUUAAUGCACAAACAGCUAGUUGCGGGCGGUGUGGACGCGACGCUAAUCUUAGAUGCAGCUGUCGGCUACAUUAUGGAGCAAGUUGACAUUGUCAUGCUGGGAGCCGAGGGCGUCACCGAGAGUGGUGGCAUUAUUAAUAAGAUCGGUACAUACAGUUUAGCGAUGUCAGCAUUAGAACUGAAGAAACCGGUCCAUGUUUUAACAGAGAGUUUUAAGUUCUCAAGAACAUAUCCUCUCAACCAACUCGACUUGCCAAAUGAAUUCAAAUAUCUAUCAAGUGUUUUGAAAAACAGCAAAGAUCUGUCUAAAGAACAUCCCUUAGUUGAUUAUACACCCCCGGCAUAUAUAACUCUGUUGUUUACAGACUUAGGAAUACUAAAUCCAUCUGCCGUUAGUGAUGAACUAAUUAAACUGUAUCUAUAA